AAACAAUAAAAAAAAUUCAAUACACCGCAAUACAAAUUUUAUUCUACCUGCUGUCUGCUUCUGAUUCUUUUAUUAUUUUAAGAUUUACAGUUCCAACAUUUGUUUUGUUAUUUUUAGAGGAGCAGCAUUGUUUGAGAUACUAAAAUGGAAGACUACGAAGUCGAAAAUGAAAUAAAAAGGGACAAGGACCGGAGUCCAUCUCCUGAUGUAAAAUCGACAGCUGUGGUCAAAUACACCGCUUUUCAAAGUCCAGUUGGGUAUGCUCGGCUGCAGUGCAACACUGACCUUAAUCUCCCUCCCUCCAACUGGGGAGGGAUAGAUACAUACGGUUUGAAACAAAUUUUGACGAGGGGUACAGGCUUAUCAAGUUUCAGAAUGGCACACAUGUUUCCCGAUUGUGUAGGUGAAGUCGAUUUAAUAUCUGACGCUGAGUGCAUUAAGAAAUUGCUUAAAUUACCUUAUCAACCAAAUGGAACUGUAAGCAUGAUGGUGCAUAGAGUACAGAACACACUGCUAUUGGACGACUUUGAUGUUUAUGACUACCUGAUGAAGUCAGAAUGGUCUUGGUUAAAGGAUUUCUUCUAUGAAAACAUAAUUAAAACUAUGUCUGAGAAGGAACAUAUGUCUCUAACUCCAGCAAGAAGUGCAAGCGCAUUACAACUGACUCACAAGUUCCUGUCUCACAGUCUGCUUGAAAGGCCGCAGCCGUUGCCUGCGCCUGUUCCAGACACACCUGAUUGGAUUUCUGGUCCGCACCUACCGGAACCGGAAUCACGUACAGAAGAAUCAACCCCUGAGGACUCAUAUAACCGCAAUGUACUAUGGAACUUUGAAGAUAUUCAUAUGUUAAUAGGCAGCAAUCUCCCGAUAUUUGGCGAUAAGGAUCGACCAUGCGUUAGUUUGAGGCUGAGAGAUGCUCGGGAGCCUAUCAAUGUGUUAACAGGAAUUGACUACUGGUUGGAUAAUUUAAUGUGCAAUGUCCCAGAAGUCUUAAUGUGUUAUCAUUUAGACGGCAUUGUACAGAAGUAUGAGCCAAUGAAAACCGAAGAUCUGCCUAAUAUGGAAAACUCCAAGUUUUCACCAAAAGUCAUAAGGAAUGUCGCUCAAAAUAUUUUAUCCUUUUUGAAAUCCAAUGUCACCAAGUCUGGACAUACGUAUUGGUUGUUUAAAGGUCCCCAUGAUGACGUGGUAAAACUCUACGAUCUGACGUCACUAUGUCCGGACAGUCUCGAUAAUCCGUUCACGACACCAGUCGCGAUGUUAUUGUACCGUGUUGCCCGUAACAUGAGAAUUAUGAAUCGGACGAAACAUGUCCGCCAACUUUUGGAACAUGUAGUGCAAUUGUUGCAAGUGGAAAGAUAUCCGCAGAUUGUCGCUUCAUCCCACUAUAUGUUGUCUGAUUUGUAUGUACCGGCGACGACUAAUCCCGCAUGCCCGGAUUUUAAAGAUGAAAUUCUAGAGCCGGACGACGAUUCUGAUUUCGGAAACUCAGCUGAGUUUAAUGAUAAUGUUGAUAGAAAUAGUGAAGGAGACACGGAGAAUGAAGAGAAAGAGGAGAAGAAAACUGAGGACAAUUUAGAAGCGAAGGGAGACAGUCUCGCCUUACAAGUGAGAUGUCUGACACUAAAGGAUACAGGGAACAAGAACACACAACAUAGUGGUAGUGGAAAGGAGAAAGAGUCGGUCAGUUCGGGUCUGGGCGUAGAAGUUCCGGAUAGAUGUGGCCGAGCGUUGUCACAUGCACUCAAAGGGUUAUCAGCCCUGCAUCACCUUACUAUUGAUAAGGCCAAGGAAGAGGAACGCGAGCGUCUCAAAGAGCAAAUAAUAAACGAAGAGCAACACCCGAAAAUGGCUAACCCGUUCGAGCCGAUCAAAAUGGACUAUCAGCCAAUGAACAAGAAAGAACCAAAAGAGCACGUAUCAAGAAGCAGACGCCGGAGACGCGAAAGAAAACAUUCAGAGAAAACUGGGAAUUACCUAAUCGAAGCCAAUUCGAAUGUUGAUAAAAACGCGAUUCUCAUACGCAAAGAGAACAACACAUUUCCAAAUUGGCAUGAGCCGAACAGGGAUGACAAUUUCGCUUGGAAACUGCAUUUGAAGACGUUGUUAUAUGAGAAAAUAUGUCUCGCAUACGCAACCCUAGCGGAAUAUAGUUACGCCCACGAACAAUAUGGGUUUUCUUUGAAAUACAUAGAACUUGCCAGCAAAUGCCAGAAAUUGUUAGGCAGUAUGAUAAUCAAAAGUAGAGUCGUGGAUGCGUCAUGUCUUAUUGGAAGGAUUGGGGAUAAUUUCUUUCAACUCAGCAAACAUUGGUCCAAUCUGGAACAGUACCAGAAGCAGUUCGAGAUGGAUCAUGAUAUCGAUAAGAAAAUUCGACACGAGAUUGAGAAUGAUUUGGUGGAUGAGACUGAAGUUGCGUGUAGAGAUUUCGAUUUGGAUAUAUCCCUACCAUUAAGCGAUCUAGAAGCAAUGAAGUCAUCGUGUGCGUAUUACCGAAGAGCGAGUGACGCAGUGCCGGGUGGCGCGCACAAGCGAGACGAAUUGCAACGACGCUUGGCCUCUGUUUGCAACGAACUCGCUGUCAGAUAUAUGAACGAUGGACAACAAAUCUACAUGAAAUAUGCAGAAGAAGCUGGCGAAAACUCUGCAUUUCCAAAAGACAUUCGUGACCAGUUAAAAUCCCUUUCGCAUAUGUCUGCGGAGUGCUUAGAUGAGGCCACGUCGAUAUUCGAAUCGGUCAAGGACGUUCCGAAUUUGGCACUUUUGUACUGUAAUAAGGCCAGAUAUAUGAGAUUCAAGGCGCAUUGUGAAAGAGAUGGGUCUACAUCUGAAAAACGUAGCCUAUACAGCAAAGCCGAAGACCUGUACAUGGAUGCCCUGAAGAUGCUGGGUUCUCGUGAGAACUGUGGAGCAGCAGCAGUUUGGGAUCUGGUGUCUUGGGAACUCUCGUGUCAUCUCUACACUAAGGCUGUAUCGAUGCAGGACUUUCCGGACUUGUAUGGAUGUGAAGUAAUGGAAGUAGCGGAAGCAUUCAAACACGCGCUCAAGUAUUGUCUUUUAAGCCCCGGUCCGAGGCAGUAUCUUUACCAGUUUAGAGCCGCCAUGAUUUAUCACCGGCUGGGAUCGUUGUACCAUUCACAAUUUCGAUUAACGACAGAGGACGGUCCCAAACGUCGUACGUUAUUGCAUGCAACUUGCACGAGUUACCAAGAGGCAUCUGUUCGUUUUGCCGCACUCGAGGAUAUCUUUAUGUUCCUCGCAGUGAGGUUGGAACACGUGGCCCUUAUGGAAGGGUACGCACAAAUAUCUCCAAACGUCAAACUAAAGUCCUUCCAAACUGCUUUAGAACUCUUACAGCAGUCGUACUCUGUCUUGAUGCUAUUAAAAAAUCGCGAUCCCGAAGAAAAAGACACAAGAACUGAGGAGUGUGAUGAAAAAUCGCUCAAAAAUGAAUAUGGCCUAGUCGCAUUAUUCGAAAACAGACUUCAUCACAUAUUAAAAAACAUUAUUCAGUAUUGUCGAUCGAAGACUAACAAAGACUAUGAAAAAAUGACAGAUAUGUACAAAAAAUUGUAUUGUGCAAGUUUGAAAAUUGUUAAAAAUGACGAUAUGAGAUUGUACGCGGCGAGUAUUUGCGAUGUAUUGAAUAGUAUGAAUAAUAUUGCUAAAGAAUUUGCGUAAAUUUAGUGCGGUAUUUCUAACCAAAACGCAUCUAUAAGGCCUUAGCAAUGUCGAAUUUUAUGCUCCUAUUAAAAACCGGUAAUUGACCUCAAAUGCCACUAAAAAGACGUAAUGCAAUCUAUAGUAAUGAUUAUGAUAGUUGUGUCAUUCCUUCGUAUAAUGUCAGUAUUUGACAGUUCACAGGUAUUUAUACAAUUUGUGUUGCCCCCUUUAUUCAUAAACGUUAAUCUCUUGCCUCUUGCUGUCAACUAGUGUCUAUGCUUUGAUAAAAAGAGACAAACGACUACUUUAAUUGUAUGGUGCAACAUAUUUUAUAUGAUGCGACGUUUGUUCGAGCUUUCACUACUCAAUGUUUCUAUACAUUGUCAAAAAUAUCUAUUUAAUUUUACAUUCGUGAUAAGAGCAUGCUCUAUAAAAAAUGAAUUUAAAUUCAAAACUCGAAGUCCUAUUCAUAACGUGGUCUCAAGUUAGUUCCAGUUACCAUGGUUACCAUUCUUCAAAUAUUCAAUUAGAAUCGUUAUGUUGUUGUACUAUGUUGUUAACAAACAUAAUCUCUUUUUACUUAUUUUAAAAGAAUUCAGGAGCUCAUUUUUGACAGGGACGAGUAGUCAAAGUUGUGAUUUAGCGCUAAGUAAUGUCAAAAACGUCUUGGAUUUGACAUACCCCACUAAAACCUACAUGUGGACACGAUAUGUUUGUAUCGUUAAGGCGGUGUUUAUUAUCGUUGGUCAACUUUAUAAUCUAUAAUAUUAUCGUAAAAUCAAUUUAAACGAAAGUGGUUUAAUAAAAAAAAUUUGUUACCUCAAUAUGAAAUAAGAUUUAAGGUGAAAUAUAGGAAGAGAGUAAUUUAGUUGAUUUGCGUUUAUUUGGAUGUAAUUAAUCAGUUUUAUAAGUAAUUGAAGUUCAUUAAGACUUAACGGCACCGUUCUUAACAUGUAAUUAGUUAGGUAUCGUUUCAGCUAUUCAAUGGAUGACUCUUUAGUACGGCUCUUAGUAGUUAUUACCUUUCUUUUUGGUGUAUAAAACUAUAACGAAAGAGGCGAACGUCCCUUUAUCUUAUGAUAUGAUAUGGGGACGCAAUAAAACAGUGUAUAAUAUAAUUCAUGUUUAAAUAUUUAAGAAGUCUCGUAAUUGAUAAGAUUGACUGAUCUGUUGUGUAAAUACAUUAUUAAAAUAUGUUUAUUA